AUGAAAAUGAGUUGCAAUGGCUGCAGAGUGCUGAGAAAAGGCUGCACCGAGAGGUGCACUCUCCGGCCAUGCCUCGAAUGGAUCAACUGCCCCGAAGCCGAAGCCAACGCCACCGUCUUCCUCGCCAAGUUCUACGGCCGCGCCGGCCUCUUCAACCUCAUCAAUGCAGGCCCCCCGCACCUCCGCCCCUCGAUCUUCAAGUCACUGCUGUACGAGGCUUGUGGGCGGAUCAUCAACCCGAUACACGGGUCGGUGGGGCUGUGGUGGUCCAGCAACUGGCAUUGCUGCGAGGCAGCGGUGCAAGCCGUGCUCAGCGGCUCGCCGAUCAUACCGAUCCCCGCGGACGACGCCGCUGCGGCGGCUCACCCUAUGAUGCCUAUCGUUGACAGCGAUAUCCGCCACCUCAACAAGGACCCCAGAUCGGAGAACCAGCGGGCCCACGUGCAGCCCCGCUUCAAGCGCACCGGCGGCCGCGGCCGCAGCCGUAGCCAGCAGGACACUGUGGCCGAGUUCGCCGCCGAGCCUGGCCGGUUUUCCUUUUCUGGAUCCGGCAGUAGCCACUCUGAGGGUCUGAACCAGUUCUACGCCAGCGGCAGCCAGGACGACUCGAUGUUAUCUGAAAGCCAAGCUGAGGAAAGCCAGGCUGAUUUGGAGCUGUCUCUGGGUUUCAAUCCUGUUUGGCGAAUCCCUCGUUCCAAUGGCGGCGGCUCAGAUGGGUUCUGA